GCUGCUAAGUGACAGCUGCUUAAGUUUUAUUAAAUCGGUUACUUGUUAUGAAUAAAUUUUUAUUUUCUAUAAAAGAUUUAACAUAAUAUGGAAUAUCUGUUAUAAUAUUUAAAAAAAAACCUUAUCUAAACCAUUGUUGGUUUCGUUAAAAAAAUAUACAAUGUUCUCUGCAUUUAAAAGAUUAGCUGGAAAAUCUGAUGGAGUUGGUAAUAUAUCUCCUAGACCAGCUCAUCAAUCUAUGCCAACAACAUUACAAAGAAAAUUUGCUAAAGGUGUACAAUAUAAUAUGAAAAUUAUUAUAAAGGGUGACAGAAAUGUAGGAAAAACUUGUCUAUUUCAUAGACUUCAAGGCCAAAAAUUUAUAGAAGAAUAUAUACCAACAGAGGAAAUACAAGUAACCAGUAUACAAUGGAAUUAUAAAGCUACGGAUGAUAUUGUUAAAGUUGAAGUUUGGGAUGUUGUAGAUAAAGGUCGACGUAGAAAGAAAUUAGAAGGUUUAAAAAUGGAUAAUUCACAGUCUGAAAAUGUUAUUGAGGAACCUGCUUUAGAUGCAGAAUUUCUUGAUGUUUAUAAAGGGACCAAUGGUGUUAUUAUUAUGAUGGAUAUUACAAAAUCUUGGACAUUUGAUUAUGUUCAAAGAGAACUUCCAAAAAUUCCUAGCCAUAUUCCAGUAAUUGUUUUAGGAAAUCAUUGUGAUAUGGCACAUCACAGAACUGUUACAUCAGAUCAUGUGACAUACUUUAUUGAUUCAUUACAUGAAAGAGCAGCACAAGUAAGAUAUGCAGAAUCAUCUAUGAGAAAUGGCUUUGGAUUAAAACUUUUACACAAAUUCUUUAAUCUACCUUUUCUUCAAUUGCAACGAGAAACAUUAUUAAAACAACUUGAAACUAAUGAGGAAGAGACACGUUUGACAAUACAAGAACUUGAUCUUUUUCAGGAUAGUGAUGAUGCUAAUUAUAAUAAAUUCUUAGAUAAUCUUGUUAAUAGAAGAAGAGCACUUGCUGAUUCUGUCUCUGCCAGUAUCCUAGUCCCUAAUGUCACAUCUUCUUUAAGCAAUCAUAAUAUAUUAUCUUCUAAUGGCAAUACAAAUGUAAAUGCUGAAGUUAAAAGAUCAAUUUCUAUGCCUGGUCCUAUAGGAGGUGGAACUCCUAUUCCAAUAAAAAAUAUAGAUUUGAAAUCAUUACCAAAGAAAGAAAAUCUUAUACAUGCUUCUGAAAAUCAAAUAGUUCCUAUUAAAAAUUCACAAACAUCACCAUUAUCUACACAAAAUAUUUUAAAAACUGAUUCCAAAAUGGCUGAAUUUUUAAAUGAAAAUUCUGACAGACGAGAUUCGAUUAACAAAUCACAAUCACUUAUGUCAAAAAUAUUUGGUAAUAAAAAAGAGGAAGAAAUAGAUAGAGUCACACAUAUUAAUAACACAAAUACAAAUGUACCACUAACUAGUGUUGAAGAUUUUAUACCCGAUGAUGGAUUAUUAGAUCGAUCAUUCUUAGAAGAUACUAGUCAAGUUUCACCACAAAAGAUACAGCAUGAAGAAUUAGAUUCUGAAAGUGAUACUGAAACUGCAAAUCCUUUGGUUGCUGGUUAUGAAGAUGAUUUAUCAUCAGCUGAUGAAGCAACACCUCCCAUUCAACCUAAAUUGGCUGAAAAUCCAUUAAGUAAACAAAAACACAAACGCGAAACUUUAUCAAAUACAGAAAUAAAUUCAGAAAAAUUGCGGCAAAUGACAAAACGUGAUUCUAUUUCAUCUAUAGAGCAAGAAUUACAAAUAUCAAGUAAUUAUGAUAUAAAUGAACAACAAGAGAUUAAUUCGGAUGCAUUUGAUAGCUGGCUUCGACGUGACUCCAAAUGGAGACAGAGUCCUGAAGGUGGUGAAGAUGUAAGCAGUAAUAGUACGAGAAAAGACAGAUUAGAAUUGAGUGAUAAAAGUUUAGAUGUUAGUGUAACAAGUUCCAAUGUACAUUUAGAGUUACUUGAUAAUACCAGUGUACGUCAUAUGAGUUCCGAUGGUGGUAGUCCUGUGUUAAAAGAGAAAAAAAAACACAAAGAAAAGACAGAAGACAAAGAGAAGAAGAAAAAGAAAAAGUCUAAAGAUAAAGAAAAGGAUAAAGAAAAGACCGAUAAAGCAGAUAGAAAGAAGAAACGUUCAUUACACCGUUCAAGAGAUGAAAAUAGAGAACGUGAUGAACUUGAAGAAUUUCUCAAUGGUUCAGUUACUAGAAUUGGUGUCGAUGUUGCUUAUGAAGCGAUAUAGUGUUUUUAUUACGUAAUAUUUAAUUUUAUUUUUAAUUAAUAACGCUGUCUUUUGGUAAAGCGCAUAAAAUAUCAUGUAAUAUUGAAUUUUCAGAUAUGAAUUUUAUAUUAAUAUUUGGAAAUAUCUUUUAUCUAUAUAAAACAGAAAUAUCUUUUACCUAUAAAGUAGAGGUUUGGAGUUCUGUUACAGUUCUUUAUAUGAUAAAAUAAUAUAAAAAAAAAAAUUUCUAAUAAGUCAUUUUUAAUAUUUUAAAUGCUCGAUAAUAUACUUUAUCAAUUAGCAUUUUGCACACAUCUAACAUAAAUAUGAACAAAUAUAUUUUUGUAACUUGAACAUAACAUG